CCAUGAUGACACCUUCCCCACUGACUCCUCUGGAUGGAACUGGACACACAAGGUUUGCCGCGUUCCAGUUGAAUAAUCUACGAAGAAACACCGAAUAUGCCACAAACUCCAUGCAUGUACCAAGAACUUCUGUUCUACGCACUCAAAGUGAUAGCAAAACCGUAUUCAGCUCAAGAUUUUCUCCAAACUGUACCUCAAACGGAUUGCUCCAACCUUGUGAUCUUCGGUCAUCAUUUUCAAGCCCAAUUUCCCCAUCAAGACAUAUGCUAUUAAACUCCAGUAUAGCACCUUCAACAUCAAGUUUUCCAACUUCAAGCUUGACACAAUCUACCUCUAGUCUAUCACCUUCUGCUAAAAGCCUUGCACAUACCCCCCUUAAACCUACAACGUCAAGGUUGAAAACAUUCUCUCCAAGGCGUAAGCAAUUAAGACUUAACCUGACCUGUUCUAGCAGUUGUCAUAGUAGAGGGAAUAUAGAAAUACAGAGACAGUUAGAACUUGGCAUGUCGGAGACAAUCUAUGCUGAAACUAAGUUUCUGUAAAAACUUGGCAUGUCGGAGACAAUCUAUAUUGCUGAAACUAAAUUUCUGUAAAAACUUGGCAUGCCGGAGACAAUCUAUGCUGAAACUAAGUUUCUGUAAAACUUGGCAUGCAUGAGACAAUCUAUGCUGAAACUAAGUUUCUGUAAAAACUUGGCAUGCUGGAAUCAAUCUAUGCUGAAACUAAGUUUCUGUAAAAAUUUGGCGUGCCGAAGACAAUCUAAGCUGAUGCUAAGUUUUUGUAAAAACUUGGCAUGUCGGAGACAAUCCAUGCUGAAACUAAGUUUCUGUAAAAAUUUUGCAUGCCGGAGACAAUCUAUGCUGAAACUAAGUUUAAGUAAAAACUUGGCAUGCUGGAGACAAUCUAUGCUGAUACUAAGUUUCUGUAACAAUUGGCAUGCCUGAUACAAUCUAUGCUGAGACUAAGUUUAUGUAAAAACUUGGCAUGCGCGAGACAAUCUAUGCUGAAAGUAAGUUUUUGUAAAAAACUUGGCAUGUCGGAGACAAUCUUAAUGGAAACUGAGUUUCUGUAAAACUUGUCAUGCUGAAGGCAAUCUAUGCUGAAGCUAAGUUUCAGUAAAAAUUGUGCAUGCUGGAGACAAUCUAUGCUGAGACUAAGUUUAUGUAAAAACUUGGCAUCCCAGAGACAAUCUAUGCUGAAAGUAAGUUUUUGUAAAAGCUUGACAUGUCGGAGACAAUCUUUAUGGAAACUGAGUUUCUGUAAAAACUUGGCAUGCCGAAGACAAUCUAUGCUGACACUAAGUUUCUGUAAAAUUUGGCAUGCCGGAGACAAUUUAAGCUGAAGCUAAGUUUUUGUAAACACUUGGCAUGCCUGAGACAAUCUAUGCUGAAACUAAGUUUCUGUAAAAACUUGGCAUACCAGAGACAAUCUAUGCUGAAACUAAGUUUCUGUAAAAACUUGGCAUGCUGGAGACAAUCUAUGCUGAAACUAAGUUUCUGUAAAAAGUCGGCAUGCCGGAGACAAUCUAUGCUGAAACUAAGUUUCUGUAAAAACUUGGCAUACCAGAGACUAUCUAUGCUGAAACUAAGUUUCUGUAAAAACUUGGCAUCCUGGAGACAAUCUAUGCCGAAACUUACUUUCUGUAAAAACUUGGCAUGCUGGAGACAAUCUAUGCUGAAACUAAGUUUCUUUAAAAGUUGGCAUGCCGGAGACAAUCUAUGCUGAAGCUAAGUUUAUGUAAAAACAAAGGACACCGGUCUAACUAGAGAGAGCAGCACUCGGAUUCUUCUUUUUGAAAUCAAAUGUGUUUGGGUCUAUAAUUCAACAAUCUUUUAACUUACGGAUUUGUUUAUUCUA